AUGCUGUUGGCAGACCUAGAGGAGAAGCUAAAGAAAAAAGCAAAAGGGGAGAAGAUAUUGGGUAAGACCAAAGUAUACUCUCUAGCUUAUGCGGACGACGUAGCUCUGUUAGCAGACGACGAAAAGGGGAUAAUCCUGAUGAUGAGAAUUUUUGAAGAGUAUGUGGGAGCAAAGGAUCUGACGGUGAAAGUACAGAAGACCAGGAUGAUGUAUUUCAGAAGUAGAAACACCAUAAUAUAUUACGUUCGGAAUAUUAACAGGCAAACAGGGCAAAGGGUGGAGGAGUUCUGUUACUUAGGUUUUUGGUUUGAGGCAGAAAGGAAAAACGAACUGCAGGUUAGGAAAAGAAUUGAAUGGGCGAGUAAAAUAAUGGGCCAAGUGUUGGGCAUAGGAAAGAUUAAGUUCAAGAACGAUUGGAGAACGAGGGUCUUGUUGUUUGACUUUUUGGUUUAG